GUUCCAAACAGUGCGUCACAAGUUGUUAUGUUUUUGUUUUGCCACAUCUUUUUAAGUGUAGAUUCUCGUUAAGCUGAGUUUCGUACUGAUAAAUCUUUCUAUCCUCACAUCUGCCUUAGGUAAUGUCUCCUCCAGCAAAUAAUUUUUUUUCCUAGCUGAAAUUCAUUUUUUUAAAAGUGUUCAAUAAUUCAUUUCUGCCUAUCAUUGGAGACAUACUUUGGUUUUCUAUUAAGGCUUCCAUUAUUUUGUCGAGAAUACUGUUACAAAAUCCCUAGCGCCGCAGCCUGACUACAGUCACCCAAUUCGACGAAGGGACCUCUACCUGAGCAUGACGUCACACGCACGUUGCCUCCCUAGGCGCUAACUGAAAAAGUCUCGAAAAGAAUUCGAACGUCGAUCCUAAGAGCGAAGCAUCGCGACGGAUAUGGAAUUUCUAGAAAUUCUAGAUGCAUCGAUUUUACUAUAAAAGAGCGAGUUCCUUCGGCAAGAUUAUAUUAGUAAGAGAGUGUUCGAAGUCUCAAGCAAGCGAGUAUUCUAAGUGAAUUAUAAUCAGUGCAGUAGUUGUGUAUUAAGUAAAUAAAAGUUGUCUUAGUAUUAUUAGUGUUGUUGUUUUGAAAACGAACCCCAAGUAAAUAUCGUAACAGUGGUGUCGGAAGUGGAAUUUUACUGAUAAAUAAAAACAAUAAAUUGACGUUUUUGUGAAAAUUAUAAGGCAUUUAUGGUGAAUACGAAAAGUACAUCGUACGAUACGAUGGAGGACAUGUUGCUGCAAUUCAUUCAAAACCAAUUUGCGGAUGCGGAAAGACGACGACAGGAGGAAAGAGAAGUCGAGGAAAAGCGGCGACAGGAGGAAAGAGAAGUUGAGGAAAAGCGACAACAGGAGGAAAGAGAAGUCGAGGAAAAGCGACGACAGGAGGAAAAAGAAGUCGAGGAAAAGCGACGACAGGAAGAGGAAAAACGACGGCAGGAGGAAAAAGAAUUAGAAAAGAAAGAACGAGAAGAGGCGCUCCAGAAAAUUCUCGAAGAACAGAGAAAAUAG